CGUUGGUUGCAAACGUUUGUCAGUGUUCUAUCCUCGGUUACCUUAUGACUAUUCGACUUUAGUCGUAAUCACUCGUUUUAACUCAACGUUUGACAAUCGUCAUCAUCGUCCCACCACCAAACAGUGCUUUGUGUAUGUUACACUGGGAUGUAGAAACUAUGGUUUAACAGAAGACCCUUCACGGGAUAAGAUAAACACAAAUCGAAGGUGCAUACAGUGCACUCGAGCAAGAAGAGUGAGAGAGAGUAGCGGCUUACUGGACACAUGAAAGCCAAGGUGACUUAAGAAAUGGCCGGAACCUGAUCCGAAGGUAGACUGGAUGGUCAAAGGUGUCAGAUAACUCAGUGUCAGCAUGUUUUCCAAGUUUAAGCCAUCGCCACCCACCCCCUUAGAAGCCAAUCCUAUCACUCAGUAUUACGAGAUAGGAAGACAAAUCGCUAGCGCCGGUCCUGAAUUGGUAUGGAAAGUAUACGAAGCAGUCAGAAAAUCGGACAAGAGGGAAGCUUCUGUUUUCUUUUUCGAAAAGAGAUUAGCUGAUAAACUUCAUAAACCAAAAAGAAAAGAAACAAUAACAGAAAUAUUAAGAUUUAGUGUAAGGCAGUUAGAUCGUUUCAAACAUCCCAAGAUGUUAACGCUUUAUCACCCAAUCGAAGAAUCCAGGUAA